AGGGCAGUUGAGACCCUGAAGGAUGGGGACUAGCAGGGAACCAUCUAGAAGGUAGAGUCUAGAUCCAGAGUGGGGCUAAAUGAACAUAAGGUGGGGAGGGGGUUUUUAACGGCCAUGUGGCCAGUUAGAAUUCAUCAGGGUCAAGUUUAAGGGAGGUGGGUGAUUUUGAGUAAUCUUGGAACAUCUGGGCAGACUACUUCCAAUUCAGGGCCAGAGGAUAGAACUGAAGCUAGAUGAGGAAAGCUGAAGUUGGAGGAUAUGAGGAACUUGUCCAAGUUAAAUAGCCACCAUGUGAAUGAGUAAGAUCUUCGAAGAAGACAGCAGAGAGAUCAAAGAUCCAGAGUUGAACCUUGGAGAAAUUUCACAGAAUAUUAUCCCAAAGAGGAGUCCAUGAUGGAGGCGGAGGUAAACUUGGAGAGGAAAGGAAGAUGCCACCCAAACGUAUAGCCAAGAGAAGGUCACCCCCAGAAGAUGCUCUCCCCAAAAGCAAGAAGGUGAAGGACCGUCGUAACCAGGCAGUGAGGGCCGUUGCCUCCCAUCGCGUUCCAGGUGCCCGGAGGCCGAGCCCUCCUGACCAGAAAACCCGACCAGUCUCCCAUAGGUCCCACAGCACAGAACCAGGCAUGGUGCUGACACUGGGUCAGGGUGAUGUGGGCCAGCUGGGGCUGGGCGAGAAUGUGAUGGAGAGGAAGAAGCCAGCUCUAGUGCCCAUUCCGGAGGACAUCGUGCAAGCUGAGGCUGGGGGCAUGCAUACUGUGUGUCUAAGCAAAAGUGGCCAGGUCUACUCCUUUGGCUGCAACGAUGAGGGUGCCCUGGGAAGGGACACAUCAGUGGAGGGCUCAGAGAUGGUCCCCGGGAAAGUGGAACUGCAAGAGAAAGUGGUACAGGUGUCAGCAGGAGACAGUCACACAGCAGCCCUCACUGAGGAUGGUCGUGUUUUCCUCUGGGGCUCCUUCCGGGACAAUAACGGUGUGAUUGGACUCUUGGAGCCCAUGAAGAAGAGCAUGGUGCCCGUGCACGUGCAGCUGACUGAGCCUGUAGUGAAGGUGGCCUCAGGAAAUGACCACUUGGUGAUGCUGACAGCUGAUGGUGACCUCUACACUUUGGGCUGCGGGGAGCAGGGCCAGCUGGGCCGUGUGCCUGAAUUAUUUGCCAACCGUGGUGGCCGGCAGGGCCUUGAACGACUCCUGGUCCCCAAGUGUGUGAUGCUGAAAUCCAGAGGAAGCCGGGGUCAUGUGAGAUUCCAGGAUGCCUUCUGUGGUGCCUACUUCACCUUUGCCAUCUCCUGCGAGGGCCAUGUGUAUGGUUUUGGCCUCUCCAAUUAUCAUCAGCUUGGAACCCCGGGCACAGAAUCUUGCUUUGUACCCCAAAACUUGACAUCCUUCAAGAACUCUACCAAGUCCUGGGUGGGCUUCUCUGGUGGCCAGCAUCAUACAGUCUGCAUGGAUUCGGAAGGAAAAGCCUACAGCCUGGGCCGGGCCGAGUAUGGGCGGCUGGGCCUUGGGGAGGGUGCUGAGGAGAAGAGCAUACCCACCCUCAUCUCCAGGCUCCCUGCCGUCUCCUCGGUGGCUUGUGGGGCUUCCGUGGGGUAUGCUGUGACCAAGGAUGGUCGUGUUUUCGCCUGGGGCAUGGGCACCAACUACCAGCUGGGCACAGGGCAGGAGGAGGAUGCCUGGAGCCCGGUGGAGAUGACAGGCAAACAGCUGGAGAACCGUGUGGUCUUAUCAGUGUCCAGUGGGGGCCAGCACACAGUCUUACUAGUCAAGGACAAAGAACAGAGCUGAUGAAGCCUCUGCGGGCCUUGCACCCGGCCCCACCACUCUCCCUCCUGAAACUGGGAAGCUAUGAUGACUACAGAUUCCAACAGCACCCCCCCCGCCCCGAGUACUCUGUCAUCUCCUGCCUUUUUCCUAUCAGCAGAACAGAAUCCUUUUCCUCUUUUCCGUCCUCCUUUCCUGAAUCAUCCUGCAACCUACAGGAUGAAGGGGAGUGGGGGGAAAUGGAAGAGGGGAGGAGGUUUUGGCAGCCAGAACAUUGCUCACCCCAGAGCUAUGUGAUUAGACCUUUCCCCCUCAUCCCUACCUCCCUUGGUCCUGGCUGACCCUGGUUUUGCCUGCCAAAAACCAAAAAUUCCUCCCGUGGGGGUUUGGUGCCCACGUUGGGAAUCAUCAAGCCCUACUCUAGCCAUGUGCCACUCUCUGUCCUUCAAAAUCCACAGGCAGACAAAUGGUAUGGUGGUCAGACCCAGCUGUCACGGACCUAUGCCUGGGGGAAACUGGAGAUGGGGCAGGGCUGCCCAGCUGUGCGCAACCCCAAGCCAAAUAUUUGGCCCUCAACAGAUGUCCAUGGAGAGGAAAAAGCAAUGAUCCUCCACUUGAUCAAGAAAAAAGCCAAUCAGCCUUCGUCCUGGAAGCACAAAGCAUUCUGCCCUUCAGACAUUGCCUGAGUAUCCUGCCCAUCGGACCUGCCUUGCCUGCGGCCAAGGCCUGAAGUCUGGAAAGGAAGCUACAUCUGCAGGGCAGGACGUGGAGGGCUGUGGGGAAGGAGAGUCUUAUAAACAAACGUAUAGCAAUAUUGAGAGUGAAGGGAGGGAGGGGAGAGGGGUUAGAGGGGCAGAAGCUGGUGCACAGAAAGGGAAGCAGCAGCUUGUACAGAGGCUGAGAAAAUAGAACAGUUUCAAUUUUUUUUAAAUGUAAAGUAUUUUGGAGGGGAGAGUGAAAUCUUUUAACACUUUGAAUAAAUCUAGAGUUUUAUAAAACAGGCCACUUGUUUUCUACAUACUCCCUGCUUUUUUAAGGGAGCUCCUGCUGUGUUGGGAAGAGCAGAAUAAACCCAUACCUAUGCACCUGGGCAAGGCUAGGACUUAAGUGAUGUUGCCAUGUCCUGGUAUGUGCCAGUCAGCUGCUGAUGUGGCUGUUUCAUACCAAUCAAAAAAGAGAAAAAGAGUUGGUUGAUUUUUUUGCUUAGGUAUUUAUGUUUCAGGAAUCACUGGAGUUUUAAAAAAAAAAAAAAUUAUGCUGCAUAAUGUGAGACGUGGAAUGGAUCUUUUAAUAUCCUAAUCCCAAACCAAGGUUUGAGUAUAGUACAUAUCUAUAAAUACUUAUACUAAUCUUGCUGUUAUAUCAUUUCUCAACAGCUGAUGUAAUUGAUUAAACAUGGUUAACUGCGCAGUAACUCUUAAGACUACUUACUACUCAUAUAAAUGUAGAUCUUUCCAGGCAUUUGAGCAACCAAAUCAUACAGCUGACCUGUCUACAAUGGUGAUCCCUAGCCACAUGUGGCUAUUUACAUUUAAAUUAAUUAAAAUUGUAAACAUUUAAAAUUAAUUUCUUUGUUUGGACUAGCCACAUUUCAAGUCCUCAGUAGUCCUGUAUGGCUGGUGCCUAUGGGAUUAGGCUAUGCAAACAUAGAACAUUUCUGUAAUUGCAGAAAGUUACAGUGGACAAUGCCGAUCUAGAAUGUCUAUUAAUGUAUAACAGGAAGUUUUUUAUUAUCACCAGAAGGAUUCUUCUUGAAAAAGACUUGAAAAAAAUGAAUAUGAUGUAAAAGAA